AUGGCAGGUCUACCAGUCACGCCAGAGUCCGUCGCCAAGCGCGCUACGUCCAUCCAGGAGGCCGUCACCCGCGUCAGCACAGCGGCCGAGGCGUACGCCGACAUCUCAACUAAGGCACUGGCCAGCAGCGGCUCGCCAGCAGACACCGCCUCGUCGCAGGCGGAGCUGGUGAGCGAGAUCAAGAAGCUCCUGGUCGAGGUCCAGGGGCCCUUCGGCGCGAUGUUCGACCUCUUCGGCUCCCUAUCCAAGAUCACGGCCCUCCGUUGUCUCCUCGAGAUGGGAGUGUUCGCAGCGCUCCCCGCCAGCGGCGAGCCCGCCACGGUGGACGAGAUCCUGUCCCGGAUCGAGGUCGACGUCGAAAAGGCGCUCCUCGUGCGCCUGAUCCGCGUCACCGCCACUGACGGCCCGUUGGUCGAAGUGGGCGAGGAGACGUAUGCCCAGACGGCCGUCUCGGGUCUGAUGACGCAUCCGGACCUGGCGGCCACGUUUAAGCACAUCAUCGACGAGUCUAGUCCUGCCAUCACCCUGAUGCCGCAAUUCUUCAUCGAGAAUGGGUGGAAGCAGCCCACAGAACCAACGAACUGUCCCUACACCUUUGCCCACAGGACCGAGGGCAGCGAGAUGUGGUCUCACAUCGCCAAGUUUCCUGAGAGACAAAAGAACUCCAACCGCGCCAUGAAGGCUCAGUCGUUCGAUGGAGAGUGGUCUGUGGGGUUGUUCCCCUUCGCUGAGAAGAUCAAGGAGCUAGAAAAGGAUACGGACGUAUCGACACCCUUGGUAGUCGAUAUCGGUGGUGGUGCGGGCCACACAAGCGCCAAGAUCCGCGAGCUGUGUAAGGAUAUCAACGGAACGAUUGUUCUGCAAGACCUCUCGGAGGUGAUAGAAGAAGUCACACCGUCAGAGGGCAUUGUAGCCAUGGCACAUGACUUCUUCAAGGAGCAGCCCGUGAAAGGCGCCCCAAUAUACUUCCUGCGACGUAUUCUGCACGACUGGGCGGACCCCAGCAGCGUGACUAUCCUCAGGCGCGUCGCAGACGCCAUGGACCGCGAGUUACCAAGUCGGCUGGUAGUAGCAGAGCAGAUCUUGCCGACCCGGGGCGUCAGCGGCGAGAGCGCUCUGGUGGACAUGCUGAUGAUGACUUUCACGGGCAUGGAGCGGACGGAGAAGCAGUGGGAGGAGCUGCUGGCCCAGGCCGGUCUGAAAGCGGUGGACUUCUAUAGGGCGCCCGGGACGCCAUUCGGAGCUAUCGAGGCAGUCUUAGCUUGA